AUGGCAAGUCACAGAGACCCUCGCUUUCUGCACAACCUGUCCUACCACCCACGAUGGCAGCACGACUCAAUAAAAGUGAAGAGAAAAGGAUGCGUGCGGACAGUGGCUGCAAACAGUUGCAGUGGAUAUAGUGUGUUCAAAUCAUUAGCAGCUUCAUCAUCAAAACCACAGUUGCCAUCAUCCCCUGUGCAACGCUCCAGGAGCUGGUCUGGGAACUGGCUCCUCCUGCCGUUGCUCAUACUCUCAUCUCUGCCCUGUCAAACCUGGGCAACCACUUUCAAGGUGGCCCUGGUCGGACCCUGGACAUGUGACCUCUUAUACUCCAAAGCACUUCCUGACUUGGCAGCCCGCCUCGCCACUGCCCGCAUAAACAUGGACCCCUCCCUCAACAAAGGCUACUGGUAUGACUACACGCUGGUCAAUGAGGACUGCAAGUCAUCCCGUGCCCUGGCCCGCUUUGCUGAGCUGGAAGGUUAUGGUGCUGCAUUUCUGGGCCCUGCCAACCCAGGAUACUGCUCCUCAGCCGCUUUGUAUGCAAAAGAGUGGGAUGUUGGGAUUCUUUCCUGGGCUUGCCUCAAACCCAACAUGAAUAAAUUAGGGAUGUAUUCCAACUUCCUGCGGCCGCUGCCACUGUCCUCUCGUGUACUUUUCUCUGUUUUGCGAUACUUUGGUUGGGCCCAUGUGGCCAUAGUCUCAGAGGAGACAGAUUUGUGGGAAGCCACAGGACAGGAGCUGGCCUCGUCACUGAGGGCCCUUGGCCUUCCUGUCAACCCAGUGGUGACGAUAGGGUCCGACAAGGAUGGGCCUCGGAGAGCGCUGGCAAAAGUGAGGGAGGCUGACCGGGUCAGAGUGGUGAUUAUGUGCAUGCCCUCUGUCCUGAUUGGUGGCCAAGCCCAGCGCCAGCUUCUGACAACAGCCUUGUUCAUGCGUAUGAUCGACCGUGGCUACGUGUUUAUCCCCUACGACACCCUCCUCUACUCACUACCCUACAACGAUGCACCCUACUAUGUGCUAGGCAAUGACACCAAGCUGCGCAAAGCCUAUGACGGAGUCCUCACCAUCACUAUGGACUCUGGAGAACGCAAUUUCUAUGAGGCCUUCAAAGACGCUCAGGACAGCUACGAAAUCCGCAGCAGCACCCCACCAGAACAGGUUUCUCCAUUCUUUGGCACCAUCUACAACAUGAUCUACUACAUAGCUAUGGCUGCUGAGCAGGCCCGCGCAAAUGGAGGCCGCUGGGUAACCGGUGAGAUCCUGGGUGACAGCAAGGGCGGCUUUGAAUUUGAAGGCUUUAAUCAGCCCUUGAAGGCUGGCAGGGACAGUGAUGGCAUGCAAGCUCGCUAUGUAGUGCUGGACUACAGUGGCAUUGGCCACUAUCUCUACUCCACUCAUGUUCUGGAUGCCGCUCAUACAUAUGGAGGGAUCGGAAGCUUGAAAUACCUCGGCCGUUCGAUCCAUUUUGCGGGCAGCUCGCCCUACACAGACUCAAGCUGCUGGUUUAGCCCAUACUUUGCCUGUACUGGAGGCAUGGACACAGUCACUUUCUUCUUUCUUCUUCUUGCGUUCAUUGCGUUCAUUGGAUGUGGAGCUAACAUCUUUAUUAGUCUCAAGCGAAGUGGCAGGAUUGGGCUCAGCUUUGGAGGUGGUAACAGUGGAACAACAAAGGUCGUGCUGACCCUGGACGACCUGGUUUUCAUCAACACCCAAAUCAGCAAACGGAAGAUCAAUGACGAAAGUAUCCUGAAAAGCCAGCUCGAUAUAAAGACACCUCAUCACUCUGUGUCCGGUCGCAGCUACAUGGCGUCCUCACCAGACAGCUCCAAUGUUGCUGUGUUUGAGGGUGACUGGGUUUGGUUGAAGAAAUGCCCUGGUGGACCUGUAUCAGGUGUCAACAGCAGCACUGAGUGUGUCUUUGUUAAGCUCAGAGACAUGAGGCAUGAGAACCUCAAUCUGUUCCUGGGACUGUUCUGCGACUCUGGGAUCCUCGCCGUUGUGACCGAACACUGCACCAGGGGCAGCAUGGAGGAUCUGCUCAACAAUGAGGAAGUGCGCCUUGACUGGAUGUUCAAGUCUUCCCUGUUAAUGGAUCUGAUUCGGGCAAUGAAGUACCUGCACAAUCGUGACAUCAUCCACGGACGGCUCAAAUCCCGUAACUGUGUGGUCGACGGGCGCUUUGUAUUGAAAGUGACAGAUUAUGGGUUCAAUGAAAUUUUGAUUGCCCAAGGCAUUGACACUGAUGAGGAAAAGCCAGAAAAUCUGCUUUGGACGGCUCCUGAGCUGCUGAGAAGCGCCAGUCAAAGGAGGAGGGGCACUUUCGCUGGUGAUGUCUACAGCUUCGCCAUCAUUGGGCAGGAGGUCAUCUCCCGCUCUGCACCUUACUGCAUGCUGGACAUGCCGCCCAAGGAGAUUAUCAGCAAGCUCAAAGCGCCUCCUCCGUUGUGUCGGCCUGUCCUGUCCGUGGAGGAGUCCCCGGUGGAGGUCAUACAGGUUAUAAAACACUGCUGGAGUGAAGAGCCAGCUAAGAGGCCGACCUUUGAGGAGAUCUUCAAGCUGUUCAAGAGCAUCAGCAAAGGAAAGAAGACCAACAUCAUCGACUCUAUGCUGUGCAUGUUGGAGCAGUACUCCUCCAACUUGGAGGAUCUGAUCCGAGAGAGGACUGAAGAGCUGGAGGUGGAGAGGCAGAAGACUGACAAACUGGUGGCUCAGAUGUUGCCCAAGUCCGUGGCCCAGGCGCUGAAAACAGGCAAGCCAGUCAAACCCGAGCAUUUCAACGAGGUCACGCUGUACUUCAGCGACAUCGUGGGCUUCACCACCAUCUCAGCUCUCAGCGAUCCCAUCGAGGUGGUCGACCUCCUCAACGACCUCUACACACUCUUUGAUGCUAUCAUUGGACUGCAUGACGUCUACAAGGUGGAAACUAUAGGAGAUGCCUACAUGGUAUCCUCAGGAGUCCCCACGAGGAACGGCAACCGUCAUGCAGCCGAGAUGGCCAACAUGUCUCUUGACAUCCUCCACUGCAUCGGGACCUUCAAGAUGAGGCACAUGCCUGAACUGAAGGUCAGAAUUCGUAUCGGCCUGCACACUGGCCCAGUGGUAGCAGGAGUAGUGGGUCUUACGAUGCCUCGGUACUGUCUGUUUGGAGACACUGUCAACACGGCAUCUCGAAUGGAGUCCACAGGGUUGCCUUACAGAAUCCAUGUGAACCGAAGCACAGUCGAUGUUCUUAAAACCUUGGAUCUGGGAUACAAAAUUGACACCAGAGGGAUGACAGAGUUAAAGGGGAAAGGGAUUGAGUACACAUAUUGGUUGGUAGGAAGAGAGGAUUUCAACAAGCCUCUGCCUAUUCCUCCUGACCUCACAGGGGGAGGCAAUCAUGGUAUCGGUUUGGACGAGAUACCUCCUGAGAGACGACAAAAAUUCUUGGAUCGACAGAAGAAGAUGGGCUAG